AAACUCUCUUCUCUGGAUUUUUCUGACCACAUCUCAACUGAAGUGUUACCUGAAGUAUCAACAUGCAGUCCCCUGGAAAAUCUCUGAAGGAAGCUCUGCUCUGUGCUCAGAACGAGGAUCAACUCACUGUUGGAGUCUACGAGAGCGCCAAAAUCAUGACUGAUGACCCAGACAGCGUGUCUUUCUGCGUCCUGGCCGUGGAUGAGGAGUUUGAGUGUGACAUCGCUCUGCAGAUCCACUUCACCCUCAUCCAGUCCUUCUGCUUUGACAAUGACAUCAGCAUCGUCAGAGUGAGCGACGUGCAGCGUCUGGCUGAGAUUGUUGGCGACAAGGCCGAGCAGCUUGAAGAUGCUCACUGUGUCCUCAUCACGAACCCAGCUGAAGGGUCUUGGCAGGACCCCGCUCUGGAGAAGCUGCACCUGUUCUGUGAGGAGAGUCGUCGUCUGAACGACUGGGUUCCUGAGAUCAGCCUCCCCGAGCGUUGAUCUGGGGCUCGGCUCCUCUCUUGCUCAGAUGCUGUGAAGCUUCUUAUAUGGAAAUACUCAUCCUAAUGAACAGGAUGACCCUGUUUCUUCUCAUCCCUGGAUACUCCUGAGGAGGAUUCCCGUCCAGGCAGCACGGCGCCGGCCCGAGUGGCCCCCCGUGAUUCGUCGCCUCUUGUCCCGUCCAUGCCAAGAUGACUCUCAUUCUUUAUGUGAAUGAGGUCAGGUAUGCCACAAGAGCGACACAUCGACCCUCAUUCUUUGUGCGGAUGAGGUUUGGAGAGGAAGGAGAAGCGACUUCUGCGUCCUGUGGCUCCCACAGAGCAAAAGUCGCAUCUUGAAGCACGCGCAGUAGGAGAAGAAGCGGUGCUGAGAAAGAGGCGUUUUUAAAAAGGACUUUUUAAAGAUGGCUUCUUUGCUGAGCAACAUAACAACAGUUGCAAUCAGCGGAAAUGUUUCCCACUUUCCAGAAUUGUCUUAAUUCUCUAAAGGUUUCACUUUAGAAGACAAAAAUGUUCUUUAAAAAUGAAUUUGAAAAAUAAUAUCUAAAGGUUUCACUUUAGAUAUUUUACAUUAAGGAAAAAAAAAAUACAAAAAGUGUUAAAAUGAAAAAGAAAAUAAGAAAUUCAACCUGACUUUUUGUCUGGAAAUAUAAAAGAUGUGAAGAAAAAGAAAAGUACUUACUGAUGUUUUCACUUCAGUUUAAUUAAUGUCAUUUGAAAUAACAUGUUUAUUGGAUUGUUUGUACAUGAAAAGUAUAGAAAUAAAAUAUUUGAACUCA